UUUCACCGAGCUGUUUUUUUUUUUUUUUUAAGUCUUUUUAAAAGUUUACUGUCAGUCUGGGUGUCUCCCAUUCCUCCACUGCUCUCUGCCUUUGAACACCUCCACUGAAUAUCAGCCAGAGCAUGGAGCAGACAUUCACUGCACUACGGUCAUGGUGCUUAAUUAUUGAUGCAAAGGCAAUAAGUGCCUUCAUAGUGAUUUUUGUUGUUGUUGUUGUUUAAAUUAUACUCUCCUGGUUACAAAGAACGCAGAUCAGAAGCUUAGCGUUGAAUAUCUAGUCUAAAGACAUGUUAAUGAGCUGAACACACCAAAUCCAGAAGAGAAGAUCAUCUGGUGAAGGUUGCCUGGAUAGUUUAUUGGACAAUAAGACACACUAAUGGAGAUUCCAGUGACUUGUGCCUUGACCAUCCUGCUGUUUUUCGUUGAGAUGAACUCUGUAGAUUGUCGCAAGGAACCCUCUAAUACAGACACCUCCAAGAGUGAUGUCGGUCAAAAAAGGCCAUUUCGAACGCCAGAGAACAAGCCAAGCCGCUGUUCCUACACCUUCAUUGUGCCCCAGCAGAAGUUAACGGGGGCCGUCUGCGUGAGCACCGAGUCAGCCCGUGCCAACCGGUCUGAGACGGCAGCCCUGCGAGCGCUGUUAGACCGGCAACAAGAACAACUGGACAGAAUACGUGGGCAACUGGAGCAGGAAGGGGCACUGGCCAAUGAGAUGAGAGUUCUGCGCAGGGAGAGUGUCAGCAUGAAUGCCCGCAUCACCCAACUCUAUGCCCAACUGCUGAACGAGAUUAUCCAGAAGAAGGAUCAGGCUUUGGAGCAACGGCGUCUUGAGAGUUUGGUGCUUAAUGCAACAUCCCAGGUGCUGCAGGUGUCAAGUAGUUACAGAGACCUGGAAAAGAAGUAUGACAUGCUCACUUCGCUAGUGAGCAACCAGAGCCAGUUAAUAACACAUCUGGAGAAACAGUGCCAACUCAAGGACUCUACCAAAGCACAGCAGGUGGCUACAUCACUUCCGGUUCAACAGUCAAAUGGACUGGUGAAUGUGAACUCAGAGCCCAAACACAUCACAAGCAAUGUCCAAAGAGACCAAAGUGCCCCUUUGCCGCAGGAACAGAGAUGGCAAGAGUCGCUGCAGAUCUUUGAUGACUCCCCCAGCUCCCCCACAGACACACCGUUCUUCAGUUACCCUGUGACUACAUCUCCAGGGCCGUGGCAGGACUGUCAGCAUGUGCUGGAGUCAGGAGAGAUGACCAGUGGCAUCUAUCUGGUGCGUCCACGCAACACCAACCGUCUGCUGCAGGCUUGGUGUGACCAAAGCAGAGCUCAGGGUGGGUGGACCAUCAUCCAGAGGAGACAGGAUGGCUCUGUGAACUUCUUCAGGACCUGGGAGCAGUACAAGCAAGGCUUUGGGAAUCUGGAUGGAGAAUACUGGCUGGGUCUGGAGCACCUGUACUGGCUCACCUCUCAGGCCACCUACAAGCUGCGCGUCUCCAUGGAGGACUGGCAAGGACGUCAAGUGUUUGCGGAAUACAACAGCUUUCGGGUGGAACCGGAGAGUGACUGGUAUCGUCUACGGUUAGGCCAUUACCAAGGCAACGCAGGAGACUCUCUCUCAUGGCACAACAAUAAAGCUUUCACCACUCUGGAUCGUGAUAAGGAUGCUUACUCAGGUAACUGUGCUCAUUACCAGAAGGGUGGCUGGUGGUAUCACAUGUGUGCCCACUCUAACUUGAAUGGAGUUUGGUACAGAGGCGGCCAUUACCGAAGUCGAUACCAGGAUGGCGUUUACUGGGCGGAGUUCCACGGAGGCUCGUACUCCCUGAAGAGAGUUGCCAUGAUGAUCAAACCUGUAUAACAUGAACAGAGACAAAUCUGCAGACCACUCUGAGGACGUAGAGUACUUAUAAUGAGUUUUGUAUAGAACAAUGCAAUGAUAAAAACAAGAUAAUUAGCACUAAUCGUCUUUAAUGAGCUUCAGGAGAUAUUUAUUGGCUCUCUAGCAAUCGGAGAUCAAGUCUUUAAAGGGAUAGUUCACCCAAAAUGAAAAUACUUUCAUCAUUUACUGACCCUCAUGCCAUUACAGAUGUGUAUGAAUUUCUUUCUUCUGCAGAACAUGAAGAUUUUUAGAAGAAUAUUUCAGCUCUGUAGGUCCAUACAAUGCAAGUGAAUGGGUGCCAAAAUCCACAUCCGCAUAAAAGUAAUCUCAAUUGGUUUAAUCCAUGUCUUCAGAAGUGAUAUGAUAGGUGUGGGUGAGAAACAGAUACAUUUUUAAGUCAUUUUUUUUAUCAUAAAUUCUUCUCCUUGUCCACUAGGGGGCGAUAUGAACAAAGAAUGUGAAUCAUCAAAAACAGAAGAAAAAGAAUGUGAAAGUGAAAGCUAAAGUGGAGAUUGACUGAGCAGGGAGGAGAAUUUAUAGUAAAAAAAAGACUUAAAUAUUGAUCUGUUUCUCAUCCACACCUAUCAUAUUGUGUCUGAAGACAUUGAUUUAACAACUGGAGUCACAUGGAUUACUUUUAAGCUGCCUUUAAAUGGAUUUUGGAGCUUAAAAAUUUUGGCACACCAUUCACUUGCUUAUGGACCUACAGAGCUGAGAUAUUCUUCUAAAAAUCUUCAUUUGAGUUCAGCAGAAGAAAGAAAGUCAUACUCAUCUGGGAUGGCAUGAGUGUGAGUAAAUGACGAUAGAAUUUACAUUUUUAGGUGAACCAACCCUUUAAGUUUCCUUAAAAUUGUUGGUGCAAAGACCAUUAUUUGAAUGAUCUCAUGCGCUAUUGUAUUUUGUUAUAUUUGAUAUUACUGUAUUGUAUUGCAUUAACGUACAUAAUGUUUACUUUUUAGUUAUUACUAAAGUGUUUAUCAUUCAGAAUUAUUGGCUACAGGUUUUUACUGUUUUACUCUUUUAAAGUACAACAUAUUGAUAAUGCAGAAGUGUUUGCUAUGUUAUUUUUAAGAACUUUGCUUCACACAUUUUCUGUUCCGUUUAAGUGGUUUUCCUCUUCAAAAUGUGAUAGCAUGGGCAGGAUUUCCUGUUCAAUUGUUUGCCAUCAUCUCAGGCAUUAAACAUCAUGCUUAUCGCAAUUACUUGAAAAUAAAUCCUUUUCACAAUCAGCUCUUGUUCGUCAAAAGAGACGCAUCCAUCAUCCAUCAUUAACAUCAUUGCUCUUCAUUUGUGCGCUGCUCAUAAUGCUCCUGUCUCAACAGCUGAUAGGUCUCUUGCUAGUCACCCUUGCACAUGGUGUCUUCCAAAAAGCAUUCUAGCAAUGAAGCAAACCAACCAGCUCCGAGGUGUAUCACACGCACGGUCAGGUCUAAGGGGAAGUUUCUUGUGACUCCUAGAAAGUUCUGACAGAACUUCUUGUGACCCCCCCACUUCCCAAAGGUCAGUGCUCCCCCACAGAUCUCAUCCUAGUACUGACCCUGAUCACAAGAUUACAUAGUUUGAUCUGAAGAAAAAAGUAUUUGUAAAUCAGACAAAAAGACUGUGGUACAAGACUGUGUACUUAACGUUAUUCAUGGGGCCAUGAACUACAAUCCCAUGAAGCACUGCGAAUGAUGUAAUCAAAUAAAAAAUGAUGGAAAGAUUUAAAACUAUUUGAUUGAUCAUACUGUAUAUCAUAGAAUCAAUAUAUUUUAUUGCAAAAUAUUCAGAUAUUUGCAAAGAAACAAGCAGUCUGAAAGUGAAGAGAGACUGUCUGGAUUGCAUCAUUCACAGUGAGUCAUGAAACUGGGGGUUGCUGCAGCUUCAGUUUGUCACACUUUGGAUUGUCUGAUUGGUGGAUCAUUUAUUUUGCUCAGGAUCAUGAGUAGUGUAGUUCUUCACCAGAAAUUCUGCUACUAAACACGAUUUUAAAAAAAUGAAGUUGAAUUAAACAUUAUGGCUUAAACAUAAGCAUAUACCAUCGGUUAACAACCUCUGGGAAUUAUUAUUAUUUUUAUUUAUUUUUAUUUUUGCAAUAGCAGCAACAAAGCGUUCAAUUCUGGUUAGUUUGAGAGAAACAGUUAUACAUCCUCUUGAGUAUAGCAUUCAUGUAACUAGUGUUGUCAAAAGUACCGGUACUUCAAAUCAAUACCAAGUUGAUAGUAAAAUAAAAAGAUGUCAAGAUACCAGUGUUUCUGCAGUACCGGUAGUACCGAGCACCAACUCUCUCCGGUACCAGCGUGCAGUAUGACUGAAACACAACAGAUUUAAAAUGCUCACAGGCUUAUUCUGAACAUGUGCUCUGUUACUUGUUUUACACUGAAAUAGACAAUUAAUCAAAUUAAAAUCGUGAUAUGUCCUAGUGUGAUUUAUUAAACCCCUAAAGGCUGCAAUCUUCGUGUGGAUGAGAAGCGUACUUUAAAUGAAUGUAUAAAUCCGACCGCUCCUACAUUGGAAACUCUACGGACAUUGAGAAUCAUUCACGUUGUAUCAGAUGACAAAGCGGAGCACUAAUCCACUGUAAAGCGCAUAUUACAUUAUAACAUUAAAUAACAGCAUUUACAAUUUAACCUCAACUCAACUUUAUUUAUAUAGCAUUUAAUACAAAAAAGUUGUAAAAAUUCAAACACUCCAAAACUGUGUCAUAGAUAUCAUUUGUCAGACACAAAGGCCAGUGUAAAGAGAUGAGAUUUCAGACGUGACUUAAAAGUCUUCAGUGAUCACACUGGGCUGUGUCGCAAACUGUUUAUCCAGAACAGUGAAGCUUCUGGCAAAAAUAUGCUGGAGACAUAAAAUCACACCUGCGUUAUAAUAACCUAUAAUGCUAUAAACCCACUAUAAAAAUGUUUCAGUCAAAUAUAAAAAACUUUAACCAAUUAUUUAUCAAUUUCGAACAAUUUAUAAACUUUUAUUGAAACAAUUCUACAAACAGAUUUAAAUUAAUGAUCAUAUAACAUAUAAAACUGUCUCUGUGAAAACCUGUGCUCCUGAAAUAAAAGCAUUUAAAGAGUAUACAUUAUUAGCUAGUAUUAGCAUUAUCUUUUUAGAAGUUAUGGUGGUGUUAAUCAUUUUAGGGACUGUUAUUAAUUUUCCGUGUUUUAGACAGUUGAUCAGUGAUCAGCUCAAUUCACACAGUUCGAGUGGGGAAAUCCCCAACACUAUGCCUGGAUUAUUUAAUAAAAUCUUUCUUGAUUAUUCUUUUUGAAAACAUUGUUAGUGCACUGUUAAUGUCUUUCAAUAUUCUUUUUUCUCCUCACAUUUUCGUAAAGAGUCAAAAAAGUUUCAAUGAAAAUCAUACAAAUUUUGUCAUAAUCUUCUUUUUCUUGUCAUCUUUGUUAUUAUUUAUGAAAUAAAAAUACCCCGAUACAUUUUCGUCAUUAGUUUCGUUAACGAGAUUAACACAGAAUACGGCGGUUUUCAAAUAACAUUAAUGAAUUGUCAUCAAUUUUUCAUGCAUAUGCUGUUUUGACAGCACUUCACAGGGUGAGCUGGAAUGCUGACAGGGGGUGCUGCAGCUCCCCCAGCACCCCUACUUCCAACAGCUAUGAAUAUCACAGAGACUUUGGGAUGAGCUGUUUUGAUUUGGGCCAUGAAGCAACCACCUAGCAACCAGGGAGAACACCCUUGCAACGCCCAAGCAACCAUUCAUAACACUUCAGCAACUGCAUAACAAUGCCCUGACAAAGCAUCCCAAAUCAUUGUCAAAUUGUAAAUUAUACUU